AGUUACGCUGAGCAGCAACCCUUUCUAUAAUUACAACCCCUGCAAAACUAUUAGGGAAAGUUAUCACAUUGUCAUUAAUUUGAUUGAAAGUUAUCCCUCUCAAAUUCCCUCUGCGGGCUCUCCUCUCUCUUCCAAAAGCUCUUGAUUCUUCUCCUUUUCUCUCGAUUGUAAUCUUUUUCCUUCUCUCUGUUCCAGUAUUCAUGGGGCUAGGGGACUCUUUCUGAACCCAGCCUCCUCUCUCCUUUCGAAUCUUCUCACAUUUUCUCCAUUUUCCCUCUCAAUCCAUGCCCUGGUUUUCAGAUCUGGUCCCUUGGGUCGGUUCUCUCUCACUCUAUCUCCAAAUCUGGGUUUGGUACCCACGAGUGCUUUUCGGUUUCUCUAGCUUCUUGGCCUCAACUAUGAUAGUGGCUGCCAUGGAAGCCAAUGCCAAUGCCAAUGCCAGACCCAUUUCAAUGCCCUUCAACGACCGGAACGAAUUGCUUGUCCAGCUCUGUUUCGCUUCAACAAUUAACACAAAUUUCUCAUGGGUUAUUACUUCGUAGAGAUUUUUCACGACUCUAUUCGAGAAGAAGAAGAAAGUAUGGAAGAGAAACGCUGGGGCAGAGAUGGGGGAUCGAAGACGAGGAAUUGAGAGGGUUGUGCGAAGGUAAUUAUGUAAUUUUAUAUACUAUUUUGGAGUAGAGGACGGCAUUUCUCGAUGAUGACUGCGCAUCCUCAUCCACAAUUGAGUGGUUGCUAAUUGCCACGCAUCUUCGUUCCUGGAAAUAUCCUCUUGACUUUCGCAUUAACUUGCCUCCUGCUUCAAGUUCUUUCUUCUCCAUAAUUGGCUCCAUCAACUUCUCUCCUCGGAAUCAGAAAGAAUCCGUCUUGCAAUUGAUACUUCCAAUUGAAUCAGCUUUGUCAUCACUGUCCAACUUCCUUUCUGCUAGCUGCAGGUACACUCUCUUGCCAUUUGGAUCUUCAAUCUCGAUUUUGUUAUAUAUAUGUUCUCUUUAGACUAUGAAUAAACAAAUUGAACCCGCUGCUACUUCUAGUAAUUUGUUUUGCUUGGUCUAAGUUAGUUAUCAGUGUCCACCUUUUUCUAAACCUGUAGGUAUACACUAUCCAUUUAGAUCUUCAUUAAUCUUUGAUUCUGUUUAUGUUUUCUUUGAUAAUUUGCUUGACCUAGCUAAUUUGGUUAAUUAAUGUCCAACUUAAUUUCUUCAAUUUUAUCUUCUAAGACUAAAGGAGAAGGUACACCAUGUUAUCUUGCUAUUUAUAUCUUUAAUCUUGAUUUCAUUGUGUUCUGUUUAAAAUAUUGAUCAUAAAAUGAAAUAUCAAAACUCUC